AUGUCGACCACAACUACAACCACAGUCACAAUGCAGCAGGAACAGCCCUCGUUGCUGCAUCUCAGGUCCCACAUCGACCAGCUGGACAAGCAUGGCUUCCUGUUCGGCCAGAAGCUCACAGCGUCCAUGUCCCCCCUCUUACAUGACGUCGUCUACAAGGGCCUCGGCCUGAACUGGGAACAGAUCCGCCUCGAUUCAACAGACAUGGACCUCUUCCUUCGGUUGAUACGGCACCCCAAGUUUUACGGCGCCUCCGUCACCAUGCCGCACAAAGUAGCCAUCAUCCCACACCUCGACGAGCUAACCGAAGAAUGCCGGGACGUCGGCGCCUGCAACACGCUCUUCCUACGGCCACGACCGGGAGGCGGGCCCCGCCUGCUCUGCGGCGCCAACACGGACGUGAUCGGGAUCCGCGAGUCGUUCGUGCAGAACAUUCCCGACCGGUCCCUCUACGCGGGCCGCCCGGCCAUGGUGAUCGGCGGGGGCGGCGCGGCGCGCUCCGCCGUCUACGCCCUGCACAAGUGGCUGGGUGCGACGUGCAUCUACGUCGCGAGCCGCGACGCCGCCGAGGUCGAUGCCGUCGUUGCCGAGUGCACCCAGCGCGCGUACGGCGCCCGGUUGGUGCAUGUCGAGACCGUUGAGCAGGCCGAGGCGCUGGAGGCUCCGGGUGCGAUUGUGGCGUGUAUUCCGGAUUUCCCGCCCGUGUCGGAGGGGGAGAAGGCGCUGCGGAGGAUUACGGAGGUCAUGCUGCGCAAGCAGAGGAAGGGCGCUAUCCUGGAAAUGUGCUACAAUCCCUCGCCGUACACGGCGCUAGGUGCGUUGGCUGAGGCUGAGGGGUGGCAGGUCAUUCUGGGGACGGAGGCGCUCAUCUGGCAGGGCAUUGAGCAGGACAAGUACUGGACUGGCCGGAAUACGAGCGAGCUCCCUGUUGCGCAGGUCAAGACGGCGAUUGCGGCUAGGCUAGCCCAGAUUUCUAAGAUUUAG